CAAUCCAUCUUCGCUCUGCGGAGUCAGCGCAACAUCCAAGAUGCAAGAGAGAAAGCGACCCAAGCUCAUCCCGCGGGACGCGACGUCCAAGACGCGGCUGAUGCCUGUGGCAGGGGCCGUGCCGCCGAUAGGUACACCGGGCCCUCUCAAGCAGCUCGAAAUGACCGAAGCCCAAAAUGCACUUGAAGCUCGCGUGGCUGUCGACGAGCGACCGAUGAAAAGAUUGAUCAAGAAGAGCUUUGCUGUGCUAGGGCUACCCGGGGAAGAUAGCGACAUUGAGCUGGCUGGUCUGGCUACUGAGAUCUCCGCCAUGAAGGUCACGCUUGCGCGCCUCAGAACGGUUGCUCAAGUGACCUCGAAAGGAGAACAGGCAGAAUAUGAAAACGACUCGAGGAACUUUGAGCAAACAUUCAGAAACGGCGAGGAGGAGAUUGCGAGACUGAAAGAUCAGCUGAAAGAAGCACAACAAGAGAGGGCUAACAAGCUGGAAUAUGACGCCUUGGCAAAACAGAUCGCCAAGUACCCGUCAAGAGCUGAGACGGAGGAAUCUAUGCGGCGUGUCCGCUCACAAAUUGAAGCCCUCCGCGAAGAAUCAGAAGGCUACCGAGACAUCGCAUCACGCAUCCGCGAAAAGUGGGUGUCGGCCAUGGAGAAUUUCGGCACGCUGCAAACCCAAAUCAGCGUCGAGAUUGCCGAGCGGGAGCGGGCGGCGGUUGAGAGGAACGAGCAGCUGGGAGACGAUGACGAUGACGAAGAUGGAACUGUUGACCCCUCCGCGGAGGAUGUGGAUGAGACAGGAAAAGACGAGCACAGCAAGCGAACUGGGGCUGCACCGUCCGACGAACAGGAGCUGGAAGAAGGGGAAGAAGGAGCACAUGGCAAAAAGGCCAGCAGCAGGGCUGCAGACGAUGAAGAAGAAGAGGAAGGUGCCAUGGCAGACGAACGAUCACCACAUCAUCGCGCCAGUUCCGGCGCGCUGAGCGGCGGCAGCUCUCGCUUGAAUCCAGGCGCUCAGCCCUUCGAGCCCGUCAGUCGCAGCUCCAGUAGCCUCGCUCACGCUGCCAGACGAGGAACGAAAAGAGAUGACAAUGAAGAAGGAGCCACCCGCCAUACGCACCCUCUCCCUAAACGGCCCCGACGAAAUUGAACGCGAGAUUUUUUCGGUCAAGUCACUUUCU